AUGGACGUGUUUUACGAGGUGUUACAUGAUAGUACAACCAUAGAGGGUCUUGAAGAUAUGCUGGAUUCUUGUAAUCCUCUUGUCCAGUCCUUCAGAAUGGUAAGAGAUUGUUUUCAAGAAAAUGAGUUUCAAGAUGUAUGCUUGAAGCUUAUUGGAACAAGAGAUAAGGAUGGAAGAGUUCACAAUUUGCCAACAGCAUCAAAAAUUGCUGCGUUAAUAAAUGGUGAUUUUGAUGGAGCAUUUGACAAACGGGACAUUGUUCUUAGAAAGAAGUCUGGUGGUCUUCAAAGAAUUAGUGAGCUUCAUCCCUCUUACCUUGCUUUGCAAUAUCCACUUAUUUUCCCAUAUGCAGAAGAUGGUUAUAGAGUUGGUAUUAAACAUAGAGGGAUUGCGAUUGAUAAUGAGGUACUUAGAACCAAUCUUACAAUUAGAGAAUUCUUUUGUUACAAAAUUCAAGAUAGACAUAAUCAGUUUUCAUUAUUAGUUAAUGCUAAAAAACUAUUUCAGCAGUUUUUGGUUGAUGGAUACACGAUGAUAGAAUCUGCCAGGUUGAAUUAUAUAAGGACACAACAACCUAAACUUAGAGCACAAAGUCUUAAGAACUUGAAUGCUACUGUUGAAAGUGGAGAGAAUAAUGCCUCAAGUUGUGGUAAACCUAUACUUUUACCUUCAUCAUUUACUGGUGGUUCUAGAUAUAUGAUGCAAAAGUACUUGGAUGCUAUGGCAAUUUGCAAGUCUGUUGGAUAUCCCGAUUUAUUCAUAACGGUGACUUGUAAUCCAAACUGGCCUGAGAUUUACAGGUGUUUGCACGAUAAAGCUCUUAAUGCUGAAGACAGACCGGAUAUUAUCUCUAGAUUAUUCAAGUCUCACUGUUUAAAAAUUUCAGUUAUGUAUACAGUGGAAUUUCAGAAGCGUGGACUCCCACAUGCUCACAUAUGUUUGUUCUUGGGUGCUGAAAGUAAAUUUCCAACUGCAUCUGAUAUUAAUGGUGUUAUUAGUGCUGAGAUACCAGAUAAAGAAAGAGAUCCUGAAUUAUAUGAGCUUGUCAAGCAAUUUAUGAUUCAUGGACCAUGUGAUGAGACUGGUGUUGAUUCUGAAGGAUAUCCUGUCUAUUGUCAUCGUCAAACAAGUAAUACAGUAGUAAAGAAUGGUGUGACACAUGAUAAUAGAUUUGUAGUUCCUUACAAUGCUCUCCUGCUCAGAAAGUAUCAGUGCCACGUUAACGUUGAAUGGUGCAACCAGUCAGGUUCUAUCAAAUAUUUGUUUAAAUAUAUUAAUAAGGGGCAUAAUAGAGUUACUGCUUCUGUUUUUCAAGCCAAUAGCACCAAGAAUGAUACGGAACAGAAUGUAGCUGUAGAUGAGAUAAAAGCAUACCUUGAUUGUAGAUAUAUCUCUGCUUGUGAAGCUGCUUGGAGAAUAUUCAUGUAUGAUAUACAUUAUAGAUAUCCGGCAGUUGAAGUAUUACCUUUUCAUUGUGAAGAUGGUCAGAGUAUUGGGUAUAACGAUCAUGAUAAUUUGUGUGAUAUUGUUACUGAUCCAACUGUGAAAAUGACAAUGUUUACAGAGUGGAUGAAUUGUAAUAAAGUCGAUGAAUUUGCCAGGACAUUGAGGUAUGUUCAGUUUCCGGGAUAUUAUGUAUGGAAUGCUAAAAAUCGCAAAUGGAAUCGAAGAAUGCAUCCGUAUGGAUCAAUUGGGAGGAUACAUUAUGUCCCACCAUCACUUGAUGAUUGUUAUUACCUAAGGAUUUUACUAAAUCAUAUUAAGGGACCAACCUGUUUUGAAGAUAUAAAAAUAGUUGAUGGGCAGGUUUUUCAAACAUUUAAAGAUGCAUGUUUUACACGGGGGCUGUUGGAUGAUGAUAAAGAAUAUGUUAAUGCUGUCAAAGAAGCUAGCACAUGGUCAACCGGAGAUUUCUUGAGGACCUUUUUUAAUGUUGUUGCUGUCAAAUUCGAUAUCCCGUCCUAG